AGAGUGGGGAGCGUUCGAGGCCCGGACGGACGGCGGAGCGCCGCGCAGGUGAGGGGCGCGGGGGGGGGCGGGGAGCGGCGCCGGGGGCGGCCCCGAACGGCCCCAACGGCCCCAACGACGGCCUCGACGGCCCCCGGGGCACCCAACGCUCCUCCGGGCCCCGCCCCGCGCGGCCCCGCCCCCCCCUCAGCCCUCCCCGGGGGUCGCGGCCUAACGGGGGGCCGAGCGCCGCGCAGGCCGCGCCCCGGAGCCUGCAGCUCAGUGCAGCCGUCGCUCAUUGGGCACAAUGAACGUCUUUGACCGCAGCAUCAACUUGGAUGCCCUCUUCAAGUUCUCCCAUAUCUCAGCCUCCACCCAGGAGCACCUGAAGAGGGUCUAUGGCAGCUUUGCUCUCUGUAUGCUGCUGGCGGCCGUGGGGGCGUACGUCAAUGUGGUCACCCAUCUGUUCCAGUUCAGCCUGCUGAGUGGUUUGGGCUCCCUGGGGCUGAUGGUGUGGCUGACAGCGACGCCCCACAGCAGAGAGACGGAGCAGCAGCGGCUGGGGAUGCUGGCAGGCUUUGCCUUCCUCACAGGCAUCAACCUGGGGCCCCUCCUGCAGAUGUGCAUCGCCAUCAACCCCAGCAUUAUCCCCACCGCCUUCCUGGGCACGGCCGCCAUCUUCGGCUGUUUCUCACUCAGUGCUCUCUAUGCCCGGCGCCGCAGUUUUCUCUACCUGGGAGGUUUUCUGCUCUCCGGCCUCACUCUGCUGCUGCUCUCCUCUCUGCUUAACGCACUGCUGGGCUCCGUGUGGCUCUUCACGGCCAAUCUGUACGUGGGGCUGAUGCUGAUGUGUGGCUUCGUGCUCUUCGACACUCAGCUCAUCAUUGAGAAGGCAGAGAGCGGAGAUAAGGAUUACAUCUGGCACUGCGUGGAUCUCUUCCUGGAUUUUGUCAACAUCUUCCGAGAGCUGCUGAUGAUCCUGGGGGUGAAUGAGAACAAGAAGAAGGAGAAGAAGUGAAGCCGCUCCGGGGCGAAGUGGAGCCGUCCCCCCCCCGACCCCCCCCCAACCCCCAUCCCCCCCAUCCCCCCCAUCCCCCCCCCACCCCCCCGGUUCAUUAAAGGCUGCUUUGCUGCCCCCCAGCAGCCCGGACGCUUUGGCACCUCGUGGCUCCUUUCCUUCCCUGCCCCAUUCCCCCCAUUGAUGCCCCACAGAUCUGUUGGCGCUCAGCUCCGCAGCCCCCACCCCCCCCACCCCCCCCGGGCUGUGUUUAUGGGGGGGUUGGGGGGGUCCACCUUCCUUUGACCCCCACCCACAAAGGGGACUGGGGGGGGUGGGGGGGUGUUGGGACCCCUUUCUGCCCCACAGAGCGUCUCCUUUAGCAGCAGUGCCAAGCAGAGCAGCGCCCAGCAGGUCUGACUGUAAUUAAUUAAUUAUCCCCCCCCAAUUAACGCCCCCCCCUCCUUCCCCCCCCCUGGGAGCGGUGAUGGCUGCAGGGCUGUCUUUGUACACCGAAAUGAUUCAAUAAAACGCUCAGAUUGAAA